AAUUCUGUUCAAACGCGACGCACGUGUUAAGCGGACGAAGCAGCUUUUAACAAAUAUUCAAAGUUAACAAACAUUUUGACCUCUAGAAUCAUCUGCCAGAAACAACAAAAACAUAAAGAAAAAAAAAUAAAUAUAAGAUAACAAAUUAAAAUUAAAUAACCGCAAAAAAUAACUAAAGACCAGAUAAAAGCUAAGAACGAAAAGAACCCGAAAAGAACGACUAAAGGAAAUAAAAGUAAAUAAAAAGCAAUCAAGUGAGCGUAAAUAGCACAUUUGCAAUAUAUGUGAGUGGAAGUGUUUGCUGUGUUCAUCUGCUGGCCGCGUCAAAGGUUAGGUAUCAUACGAACAUUUUGCACGCUAACUGAAAAGCAAUGCCAACGGAGAAGGUCGUGUCAUCCAAAGAGUACUCCAAGGCCGGUCGGGCAGCUGUUUCGGCAGUUUCUGGACCUCCAUGGGCGGUGCUGCUGUUGGGCGCCAUUUUGUUUUGCAGCAUCAGCCUUGGGAAUGUCGAAGGCCUCAAGUGCCACAUGUGCGGUCAGUACAACGAGGGCGUGGGCUCGAUAACUCCCUGCACGAACUAUUCCAAGGAGAUUGCGCAUCUCUAUCUCAAGGAAUGCCCCAAGAAGAGUGAAAAGUUCUGUGUGAAAUAUGUUAGCGAGUUAUCGACUGUGCGCGAUUGUGCUACUGAGUGUGUCGAAAAAGAAAUUUGGGAAACCCAGACCUAUUGCUGCAAAGAGGAUGGUUGUAACUCUAGUGGCCUUGUGAAAUACUCCAUAGUUUUGCUGGCCAUUCCAAUCUUUUUAUGGUUAUUUUAGACGAUAGCAUAAUAGCGUCAAGAGCAAUGUUAUGUUAAUUUCUUAGAUAUUACAAAGUUUUAUCCAUAUUCUUUAUUUUUAAUUGAAGCCAUUGGAUACGUACAGAAAACCAUGUUUUGUUGUUAUUGUUUUCAAAAACAAAUUCUGUAAAUGGGACCUAAAGAAACAUCUUUUAUUUAAGAAGAAAAAGUAUUAAAGGCUAUUUAAAACAUUCUGUUG